GGGUGGGGAGCUCUUUGAAGACAUCGUGGCCAGAGAGUACUACAGCGAGGCAGAUGCCAGUCACUGCAUCCAGCAGAUCCUGGAGGCGGUUCUCCAUUGCCACCAAAUGGGGGUCGUCCAUAGGGAUCUCAAGCCCGAGAACCUGCUCCUGGCCAGCAAGUGCAAAGGAGCUGCUGUGAAGCUGGCAGACUUUGGCCUGGCCAUCGAGGUGCAGGGGGACCAGCAGGCAUGGUUUGGGUUCGCUGGCACGCCGGGCUACCUGUCUCCAGAGGUCCUGCGCAAGGAGGCAUAUGGCAAGCCAGUGGACAUCUGGGCAUGCGGGGUGAUCCUGUACAUUCUGCUUGUGGGCUACCCGCCCUUCUGGGAUGAGGACCAGCACAAGCUGUACCAGCAGAUCAAGGCAGGAGCCUACGACUUUCCAUCCCCCGAGUGGGACACGGUCACUCCUGAAGCCAAAAACCUCAUCAACCAGAUGCUGACCAUCAACCCUGCCAAGCGCAUUACCGCACAUGAGGCGCUGAAGCACCCGUGGGUCUGCCAACGGUCCACCGUGGCCUCCAUGAUGCACAGGCAGGAGACCGUGGAGUGCCUGAAAAAGUUCAAUGCCCGGAGGAAGCUCAAGGGCGCCAUCCUCACCACCAUGCUGGCCACGAGAAAUUUCUCAGUGGGCAGACAGACCACCGCUCCGGCCACAAUGUCCACCGCGGCCUCCGGCACCACCAUGGGGCUGGUGGAACAAGCCAAGAGUUUACUCAACAAGAAAGCGGAUGCGGUGAAGCCCCAGACAAACAGCACCAAAAACAGUGCAGCUGUGACCAGCCCUAAGGGGACGCUCCCUCCGGCCGCCCUGGAGCCUCAAACCACCGUCAUUCAUAACCCUGUGGACGGGAUCAAGGAGUCAUCGGACAGCACCCACACCACUAUAGAGGACGAAGACACAAAAGCACGGAAGCAGGAGGUCAUCAAGAUCACGGAGCAGCUCAUCGAGGCAGUCAACAACGGGGACUUCGAAGCCUACGCGAAAAUCUGUGACCCAGGCCUGACCUCGUUCGAGCCUGAAGCCCUGGGCAAUCUGGUGGAAGGGAUGGACUUCCACAGAUUCUACUUCGAGAACCUGCUCGCCAAGAACAGCAAGCCCAUCCACACGACCAUCCUGAACCCCCACGUGCACGUCAUCGGGGAGGACGCUGCGUGCAUCGCCUACAUCCGCCUCACGCAGUACAUCGACGGGCAGGGCCGGCCCCGCACCAGCCAGUCCGAGGAGACGCGCGUGUGGCAUCGCCGUGACGGCAAGUGGCAGAACGUGCACUUCCACUGCUCGGGUGCACCCGUGGCCCCACUGCAGUGAAGCCAAGGGAGGGGCACAGAGUGGGGAGCGACAUUCAGAUGGACACUCACCUGCCCGUCCACGGCUGUGCUCAGGACAGCUGUCCCCACCCAUGGACACAGGGUAUACAUCCGCCGGGCUCCCUGGGCCUCGGGCAGCAGCAGCACUCACCGUGGACAGCGUGUGGCCUGGCCACCCUCCCCUCUGGGGGCCUCCUCCCUCCUCCCUUCUUCACCUGUUAUCUCCACGGAGCUGCCUGUCUGGGAUAAUUUGGGGAUUUUUUUCUGGGGGAUAGUUCUUUUGCAUGACCCCUCUCGACAAGCCGCACCUGCUCCUCUAGCUAGACGUCCGAGGUGUGGUGGCGUUGGCCGGCCCGCUCUGCGGAGGGCCGGCUGCCCACAGUGCUGGCCGGUCCUUCCUCUUCUCUCUUUUUGCUGAGUUUCAUUGUCUUUUCUUUCUGAGCCUUGUAAGUGUAAAAAAAUCAUUAUUUUG